GUGUUGCGCUGGUAUGAGAGGAUCAGACACAGCAAUGCUGCUGGAAUUUUGAAUCCGUGUCAUUGCUGCACUGAGAAUAGACCACCAACCAAAAAAAUCCAGCCAACAGCGUCCUGUGACUACUGAUGCAAGACUAAGACUAGAGACCACCUCAACAGAUGAGACCGCAGCAACAGAUGAGCCACCUCAAUAAUACCUGCUCUGUGGUGGUCCUGUGGAAAUCGUUACCAUUGACCAACAGAGUAAAAGGCUGUCAAGCGCACUGUUAAUCAAGAUGAGUGCGGAUGGAGCUGGUAGGCCGGCAAAGGUGGGCUCACUGGUGGAGGUGAUUGGUAAAGGUCAACGGGGGACGGUGGCGUAUGUGGGGGCCACACUGUUUGCCUCGGGGAAAUGGGUGGGAGUCAUCCUGGACGAGCCGAAGGGCAAAAAUGAUGGCACAGUGCAGGGCAAGACAUACUUCACCUGCAAAGAGAAUCAUGGGAUAUUUGUACGGCAGUCUCAGAUUCAGCUGAUUGAAGAAAGUGGAAGUGCCGCUACAUCCCCAGACACACCUGAGUCAGGUGCUUCCAGACUGCCUCGGAAAGAAAUUGCAGAAACACCAGGGAAAGGAGUAAAGCAGACUCCAACGUCGAAGAAGUCCACUGUGCGCCGUAGUACCAAGUGGAGUAAUCUUGGUCGGCUCUCUUACUCUUCCUCCUUCCCCUCCCUCGUUAUGACUGGUCGUCCCUCGGCCAUUGGCUCUAUACCUGAUCUGACAGAGAAUGAACCUUCCACGCCUUCCCAGACUGCACUGGGAGCUCCCAUGAUGCCUCAGCCUGGUGGAACCCCUGGAGGCCCCACCCUCACCACCUCCAGCAAGGCUGAGCCUGGCAUGUCCAGACAGGAAGAGGAGGCUCUGAGGGCACAGGUGAAAGAUUUAGAAGAGAAGCUGGAGACUCUGAAGAUGAAGCGAGCAGAAGACAAGGCCAAGCUAAAGGAGCUGGAAAAACACAAGAUCCAACUGGAGCAACUGCAGGAGUGGAAGAGCAAGAUGCAGGAGCAGCAGAAUGAGCUGCAGAAACAGCUUAAAGAGGCCAAGAAGGAAGCGCGCGAGGCUCUGGAGGCGAAGGACCGUUAUAUGGAGGAAAUGGCAGACACAUCGGACGCCAUUGAAAUGGCCACGCUGGAUAAGGAGAUGGCUGAGGAGAGGGCAGAAUCUCUGCAGCAGGAGGUCGAGAGUUUAAAGGAGAAAGUGGAAGAGUUAACCAUGGACCUUGAGAUACUCAAACACGAGAUAGAGGAAAAAGGCUCAGAUGGUGCAGCCUCCAGUUAUCAUGUUAAGCAGUUGGAGGAACAGAAUGGUCGGCUGAAAGAGGCACUAGUCAGGAUGCGUGACCUGUCUGCAUCAGAGAAACAGGAGCAUGUGAAACUGCAGAAACAGAUGGAGAAGAAAAACUCUGAGUUAGAGACUCUGAGAGGGCAGAAGGAAAAACUGCAGGAGGAGAUGAAACAGGCUGAAGCCACAAUAGAUGAACUCAAAGAGCAGGUGGAUGCUGCGCUGGGAGCAGAAGAGAUGGUGGAAACACUGACUGGGAGGAAUCUGGAUCUGGAAGAGAAAGUGAGAGAACUGAGAGAGACGGUCAGCGACUUGGAAGCCAUAAAUGAGAUGAAUGAUGAGCUGCAGGAGAACGCGAGGGAGACAGAGCUGGAGCUGAGGGAGCAGCUAGACCUGGCAGGAGCUCGCGUCCGAGAGGCUAACAAACGAGUAGAGGCAGCGCAGGAGACAGUGGCAGAUUAUCAACAGACCAUCAACAAAUACAGAGAGCUCACCGCACACCUACAGGAAGUGAACCGUGAGCUGACCAAUCAGCAGAGUGCUACAGCUGAGCAGCUCCAGCAGCCUCCCACCGAGCUCUUUGACUUCAAGAUCAAAUUUGCUGAGACCAAAGCUUACGCCAAGGCCAUAGAGAUGGAGCUGCGCAAGAUGGAGGUGGCUCAGGCGAACAGGCAGGUUUCUCUGCUCACCUCCUUCAUGCCGGAAUCGUUCUUGCGGCACGGAGGAGAUCAUGACUGCAUCCUGGUUCUGCUGCUCAUCCCCAGACUGAUCUGCAAGGCUGAGCUGAUCAGUAAGCAGGCCCAGGAGAAGUUUGAUCUGAACGGAAACGCUGUGGAGCGCACUGGCCUGCGGGGGCCAGCUGGAGAGCAGCUAAGCUUCGCCUCUGGGCUGGUCUACUCUCUCACCCUACUGCAGGCAACACUGCACAAAUACGAACAGGCUCUGAAUCAGUGCAGUGUGGAAGUGUAUAAGCGGAUGGGGACUCUGUACUCGGAGAUGUGUGUGCAUGAGCGUUGUCUGGACUACUUCAUUGAUCUCCUGCACAAAGACCAGCUUGAUGAAACUGUCCAAGUGGAGCCGCUCACCAAAGCCAUCAAAUACUAUCAGCAACUGUACAGCAUCCACUUGGCUGAGCAGACUGAAGACUGCACUGUGCAGCUGGCCGACCAUAUCAAGUUCACCCAGAGUGCUCUGGACUGCAUGGGAGCAGAGGUGGGUCGUCUGCGUGCCUUCCUGCAGGCAGGACAGGAAGGGGCAGGGCUUACUCUGCUGCUGAAGGAUCUGGACACUUCCUGCGGAGACAUACGGCAGUUCUGUAAGAAAAUCCGCCGGAGGAUGCCCGGCACUGAUGCACCAGGAAUACCUGCAGCCCUCUCUUACCUUCCUGAGGUAAGUGAGGUGCUGGUGGACUGCAGGAAGCAGAUGGCCCGUGUGGUUGCUGUUCUGCAGGAGAUGGCAGCAGCUGGAGCUCAGAUGAUAGCUCCACUAGCUGAACAGGAGGGUCUGUCUGCUCUCAAACUGGAAGAUGUGGCCUUUAAAGCAUUGGAACAGGUUUACGGUUCUCACGGUCUGAACCCUCACGAGUGUCUGCGUCAGUCAUGCAGCGCCGUCAUAGCAACCAUGAACAAGAUGGCCACUGCCAUGCAAGAGGGAGAGUACGAUGCAGAGAAACCUCAGCGUGUGUCUCCUCCUGUAGAAGCUCGUGCAGCUGCUCUGAGAGCUGAAAUCACUGAUGCUGAGGGACUGGGUCUGAAGCUGGAGGACAGAGAGACCGUCAUUAAGGAGCUUAAAAAGUCCCUCAAAAUUAAGGGAGAGGAGCUGAGUGAAGCGAACGUGCGUCUGAGUUUGCUGGAGAAGAAGUUGGACACGUCCACCAAAGACGCAGACGAACGAGUGGAGAAGAUCCAGACCAAACUGGAUGAGGUGUUAACUCUGCUGAAGAAGAAAGAGAAGGAGUUUGAAGAGACAAUGGAUGCUCUGCAGGCUGAUAUUGAUCAACUGGAGGCAGAAAAGGCGGAGCUUAAGCAGAGACUCAACAACCAAUCACGCAUGACCAUUGAGGGGCUCCGUGGACCACCAGCAUCCGGCAUCGCCUCUAUUGUCACAGGAACAGCCUCAGGUGGUAUCGUGUCUGGUAUGGGGGGUGUGUCCGGUGCUGUGCAGGUGGUGGAUUCUCCUCUCUUGAGGCAGCAGAUUGACGUUCAGAGACUUGCCAUCAAACACUUGAAGAAUGAAAACUACAGACUCAAAGCGGAAAAGAUGAAAGCGCAGCUGGCCUCUCUGCCUCCCCUCAGUGUCCCCAACAUGGCAGGGGGGAUGAAGGAAGGAGCUCUGACUGAAGGAACCUCAGGAACUCUGUACCGCAAAACUGACCUGCUGCUCAACAACCUGCUGAAGAUGAGCGCUGGAGUCAGAGUGGUGGACAUCUCUGGAAAAACCCCUGUAAGUGCGAGUGCUCAGCUUUUGGAGCAGACAGCCAGACUCCAGUCUCUCAGUGACGCUCUGGACAAACUGAAGAAUGAUGUUUCGGAGCACAUAGUAAAGGAGCAGGCAGGAGCUCGAGUCCGUUCAGAUUUUGCCACGUUCCCGUCUUCACCCUUUGUCAAGGCCGAGGAGGAGAAGAAGAGGUGUGGAACGGUUUUGGUGGGUAAAGUGAUGAUCCCAUGCACUCGCGGUAAAGAACAAGCGCACUCCCUCGUCCUCUCACAGCAUCAGUUUCAGCGUGUGAACCGCCUCCUCAUGACCUAAACACCUGCUUGUUGUUCGCCCUGGAUAAGGAACAGGCUGCUCCACCAAACAAUCACCCAUCCACAGUUACACUUCCUCUUCUCUGUCACUCAGGAACAGGCUAAUCCACUUCUUCCAUGCCAAAGACCAUCACUUCCAGAGAGCAGCUGCGUAUAUUUCUACAAUCAGCACUCAUAUCAUCAGAUAUUCAGAUUAAAAGCAAAAGCAGUCAGCGUGUAUACCUCAAAAUAUGACGAUUUGAUGGAAGUUGUGGCAAAAAAAUCACUAAUAUUUAUUACUUUGUACCUGUUUCUGAUGACUGGAUGUUGGUUCCAUGAAAAAAAAUGAGGAUUCAAGAUGAUUUACAGAUUCUUAUGCAAUUUUUAAAGCAACAUUUUUGCUAUUUUGGAAGCGGUUAUUCAGAACAUCACUCUUUUUGAUGUCUUUGCUAGACUUUUUCACAUGGAUUAACACAUUCAGAGAGAAUGAGGGGAACACUACAUGCGUAGUUCAGGGUAUUGAUGGUUACUUAUAGACUGAAAUAGAUGUUAACUGUAGCUUGCACUAACGUUCACUCUGUUCUCUUUAAGCUUGCACUUAGACGCAGCUGUUGAAGCACAAACAGGACCAAACCAAUACCAAUGUUCAGUAAAUUCAGUGAUUUUUGUCUUCUGUUUAAAAUGACAGGCAACCCUGCCUCCAAAUUAUCUGACACAUUAUGUUCUUAAAUUUGCCAGCAUGUUAAAAAUAAUAAGAAUAGUAAUAAUAAACCAAUUGUUAUUAUUAUAGUUUGUAAUGCAGCGCAUUCCAACCACUCAGUACACCCCAAGUUAAUAUAUAUGUGUAAUUUUUCCACAUGUUCAAGUUUAAAUGUAUAACAUUUCUCCUGUUAAAGAAUUCUGCCCUUUUACAGACACUUUGAUGCACAUUUUGUGUCCCUUUUUUAAUACAACGAUAUUCAGUUUUGGUACAUUUAAUAAUAUUUAAUUGGUUCUGCUUGUUGAACAGAUAUAGGAACAUGUAGUGUUGAUCCAUGUAAUACAAUAUUUAAUGGCUUUUGCAUUUACACUUCAAUAAAGAUGAAAAAAUUAUUUGAAAAUGGA